AUAAAGCAAUUUCCCCAUCGAAUUCAUGAAAACUGUCUUCAAAUAAGUAUGUAAACAGUACAUACAAGAUACAAUUCAUUUGCGUUUGGUUGAGUGAGAAACUGAGAAAGAAAAAGGAACGGACGUCAGGACGUACGCUGUCAGAGCGAGGCUUGCUGAUCGUGCUCUCUUGGUAGAUGAUGUCAUGAUUUUGUUGUGAGAUUUUCGUGUUCUUCGAUUCGUGUAUGUUAAAAUGACGUAUCACAUGUCGCGCCUGUUAUCGGAUGAUCUCGAAGAACCCGCAGCAUCGAAUUCGCGUAUUCGUAACCCUUUUGUAUCUUUCCGGAUCUGAUGCACACCCUUGAUGAGAAUGUCGAUUAUGUAUCUCGUUGAGAGUUAAGCAUAAUCUAUACAUGUGUAGAUAAAAUUUAUACACUUUACAAUGUGGUCCUUUUUCUCGAGAGAUCCAGCUAAGGAUUUCCCAUAUGAUAUAGGAGAACCAAUUCCAAGCUUGGAAAACAAAAGUAUUUGGACACUACACAGAGCUAAAAGAAAGGGCGCUACAAGUGGUGAGGAUGUUUCAGUUUUCGUUUUUGAUGUUAAAAAUGGAGGAGAGCAACAGUUGGAAAUUGCACGCUCGGCCGUCAAGAGGCUUAAGACGCUUAGGCAUCCAAGUAUACUUGCGUACCUCGACAGUCUUGAGACUGACAAAAUGGUUUACUUGGCAACGGAGCGUGUGGAGCCAUUACAUAAUCGUUUGACGCAGAAAUGUAAUUCUGAAAACGAACCUAAGAAGGAAUUAUAUUUUUCCUGGGGUAUAUUUCAAAUUACAAGAGCACUGAACUUUUUAAAUAACGAUGGGAAUUUACGACAUAACAAUGUCAAUCUAUGGACAGUGUUCGUUAAUGAAGAAAGUGGCGAGUGGAAACUUGGUGGAGUCGAGUAUAUGACAGCUGUAGAUACACCAUACAAUUUAUUACCUGCUACUUUUCAAGUGUAUCAACCACCAGAGGCUAAAGAAAGUGCAAAACCAGUGACUAAAUGUUCAGUGGAUAUGUGGGGACUUGGCUGUCUGAUUUGGGAAACCUACAAUGGCACCCUCAACACAAGUUCGCAACUUAAAAUAACAGGUCAGAUUCCCAAGCAGAUAACGGCGGUAUAUCGAGAAUUGACGGGAGCUAAUCCGGAAGGAAGACCAAAUCCAGCAGACGUGAUAGCACGUUGUCGCAGUAAUGGAGGUUUCUUCAAGAACGAUCUCGUUGACGCUUUGUUGUUCCUGGAAGAGAUUCAGAUGAAGGAGAGGGGCGAGAAGGGACGAUUCUUUUCGCAGUUGGCGGGUCAGUUAGAUUCGUUUCCCGUUGGUGUCGGUAGAUACAAGAUCCUGCCUCAAUUAUUAGCUGCCUUCGAGUUUGGGGACGCAGGAAGCGCGGUGUUACCGCCGCUGUUGCAACUUGGUUCUCAGUUACCUGAUGUCGAGUAUCAACGUCGGGUGGUGCCCUGCGUCGUCAAGUUGUUCGCUUCGAACGACAGAGCGACGAGAUUACGCUUACUGCAACAGUUGGACCGAUUCGUCGAUCACCUGCAAUCGGCAACUGUUAAUGAAGCUAUUUUCCCCCAGGUAGCAAGAGGCUUCCUCGACACAAACCCUGCAAUCAGAGAAGAAACGAUAAGAUCGGUUGUACAUUUAGCGCCAAAGUUAGAUUAUAAUAAUCUUAAUGUCGAAACUUUAAGAUACUUUGCAAAGCUUCAGUCAAAGGACGAACAAGGCGGUAUUCGCACGAAUACCACAGUUUGCCUUGGAAAAAUUGCUCAACAUCUUCACCCUCAGAUAAGGCAAAAAGUACUGAUCGGUGCGUUUAUUCGUGGCACUCGUGAUUCUUUUCCUCCAGCUAGAACUGCGAGUAUACUGGCUCUAGCUGCAACGCAGCAAUACUUCCUGCUGCAGGAAGUUGCAAAUCGCAUUCUACCGGCACUGUGUCCGCUUACUACAGACGUGGACAAGGGUGUACGAGACAAUGCAUUCAGAACCAUUCGAGGUUUCUUAUCUAAGCUUGAGACGGUCUCUGAAGAUCCUGGUCUUCGCGAAUCGAUGGAGGCGGAUGUAAACACCGCGACACCAAGCCUCAGCAACGCCGCGGCAACAUGGGCUGGAUGGGCUGUUACAGCGGUCACAGCGAAAUUCUAUCGCAGUCAAUCAGACACGCCGAAAUCGUCAAAUAACACAUCGAGGAUCUUAUUAAAUAAACCUGCUUCCUUAGAACAAGCCAGUAGCUCCCAGAGCAGUGCCAGUACGACUGCCACUACGAGCAGUGCAACGAGCAUGACGUCCCUUGAUCCUGAUCACGAGCAUGACACGCAAAAUACACAAAAUACAAAUUCUGAUUGCGAUUGGGAUUGUUGGGAUGCCGAUAACUGGGGAGACAUGGAGCAACAGCCUGCAGCUACGCCAUCGGUGCCAUUGAAUCCAGCUAGUAGUAUAUCGCCAUCCGGCCACUCCCCUAAGGCAAACGAGCAGUGGACCAGCCUUGAGGAGGAACCGGAAGAAGAAACAAUCCAAAGUGUUCAAAAUAAAAAUGAUUCUUCCGAGGUAGGAUGGGAGGAUUCAGAGUUUCAACCUCUCGAGGAUGUUCAACCUGUAGAGCAACCAGCCGUACCUACUGGAAAUAAUAAAUUUGAAGAGGCCAGAAGAAAAAGAGAGGAACGCAAACUGGCUAGACAAAGACAGAUGGAAGCGAAACGGGCAAUAAGAAUACGACCCAGUACAUCUCCGAAGAAGAUUUAAGCAAACCAAUUAUACGCCGUAUAUACUAAUAUGUACCAUUGUACAUUAAGUGAAUUAAAUAUUACGAUACAAU